UGGAAAGGCAAAGAUUAGAACUCUGAGACACAAGAUUCUGCUCGCUUUGGAAUCUCAGACCAGACAGGUUCUGGAGGGUUUCCUUAGUGGUGCGGUGGCCUCGAAGCCAAGGGAGCCCCUAGGGGUUCGACCUCUUGCCUCCCAUGGGUACCCAAGCUGAGUCCCAAGCUAGCACACCUCCCGCAGAUCACCCGAGCGGAAGUGGCGGCGCGUCCGUCGGUCCGUCUUUCCGGCCUGCCGUCCGCCAACUUCCGGCGGCGGGUGGGCGCGCGCCAGGUAACGACCUUCUGCGCCGAGGCUCGGCCGUCGGCGGCGUGUGGAUGAAGGCCUUGGCCCCGGGCCGGGCUCCGCGGGGCCGGCGGCGGGCCGGGGCCUCGGGCUCCGUGCUCUCGGCGCUGUCGCUGGCCGCCGUCCUGCUCUCCGCCUUGUUGCGGGCGCCCCCUGCAGUUGGACAUUUGGCUCGAGUGCCAAGAAGUUUUCGCUUGACUCAAGAUACACUGAAAAUAGUGGGAUCAACACAUUUUCCUGUGAGCGUAUAUGUUAUGCUUCAUCAAAAGAGUCCACAUGUGCUAUGUGUAACUCAGCGACUGAGAAAUACUGAGCUGGUAGACCCAUCAUUCCAAUGGCAUGGGCCAAAAGGAAAACUUGUUUCAGAAAAUACCACUGCACAAGUGACAUCCACAGGAAGCCUCAUAUUUCAGAGCUUUGAAGAGACUAUGAGUGGGGUUUAUACAUGUUUCCUCGAAUAUAAACCAACUGUGGAGGAGCCUAUUAAAAACCUUCAACUGAAAUAUAUUGUUUAUGCUUAUCGUGAACCUCGUUUUUAUUACCAGUUCACUGCCCGAUACCAUGCAGCUCCCUGCAAUAGUAUCUAUAACAUUUCUUUUGAGAAGAAACUUCUUCAGAUUUUAAGUAAACUGGUUCUUGACCUUUCCUGUGAAAUUUCCUUGAUUAAGUCUGAAUGCCAUCGUGUUAAAAUGCAAAGAGCUGGUUUGCAAAAUGAAUUAUUCUUCACAUUUUCAGUUGCAUCUAUAGACACUGACAAAGGAUCCAAGCCAUGUACAGACCAUAGUUGUGAAGCUUCCAAAAGAUUAUCUAAGGCUAAAAAUCUCAUAGAGAGAUUCUUCAUUCAGCAAGUAGAAGUCCUAGGCAAGCGUGCCGAGCCGCUGCCUGAGAUAUACUACAUUGAGGGAACCCUUCAGAUGGUGUGGGUGAACCGCUGCUUUCCAGGGUAUGGCAUAAACGUCCUGAAGCAUCCAAAGUGCCCUGAGUGCUGUGUGGUCUGCAGUCCUGGAUCCUUCAAUCCCCGGGAUGGAACUCACUGCCUUCAAUGCAACAACAGUGUGGUGUAUGGAGCGAAGACAUGCAUGUAGGCCAGAGCCUUGUGGGACCAAGUAGCUCAUCCAACAUAAAAGAAUAUUUUUGAAGUACUAAAGUAUAAUAAUUCACUAUUAUGGCAAAAUUAAAUAAUCAGAAUUUACAAAGAUAUGGUGUCCUCAUUCAAUCCAGUACUAUAUCCAUCAUCUUUCUUGGUCAAUGCUAAUGGUUAGCACAUCUGAUACCAGAUAACUCCUUUGUCACUGCAUUUUAAAGAUUGUUUCAAAUGUUCUGUAUUGGGUGAUGUUAAAAGAUUUUUCAGGAAUUAAAAAAAUACCCAAUUUAUUUCUACUAUAUGUCACCCAUAUUCAGGCCAUCAUAUUUUAUAAGAGCUUUAACUUAAUUAUAAAAUUGUAGCUAUUUGAACUUGGCCUUUGACAGCUCAAAGCCAGUUUCAAAAUAUAUGUCCUGGGUCUCAUUAUUGCACUUGUUAGUGGAAGACCUCAUCUUAGAGAAACUGUGGCUUUUAAUAUAGUUCUGUGUGUUUGGCUUAAAUGAUCAGUUGACAGACUCUUAAGCCAGACAUAGUUGCAUAGGCCUGUACUCUUAAUACUUUGAAGGUAGAGGCAGGAGGAUCAGGAGUUCAAAGUCCAAGGACAGGUUGGACUAUGUGAGAUCCUGGCUCAAAAAAUCUUACAUUACCUUCUUGAUGUUUGAGAAUGGAGCUACCAUUGAAUCUUCUCAGUAGGCUGAAGCGACAAAGAAUUAACAAGAAUCAUAAUUUCCAGUCAUUGCAUCUUAAAAAUGCAUGCUGUGUGCCAGAAGUAACUGCUGCUACCACUAAUACUAUCUUCUUUUACAUUGGGAUGCCACAUUGGAAUAUGAAGAUUUGCAUAAAUGUAAUGAUUUAAAUAGAGGAAAAUCUACCAAUAACUUUGGAGUCACUUAGUGAUCAUCUGGUUCACAUUUCCUUUAUCAUCUCUGUGAGACAUUGCCUGCUUUGCUUUUAUAUUUCUUAUCUUAAAACAUCAGAGGCUCCAAGGAUGGAAAACCCAAACAGUUGGAUCUUGAUGAGAUGCUUUAAGUGGCAACAUUAUUAAGUGGCAGGUUGACUUACAAAAAGAUAUACUUGUUGGCUUGUAGAGACAAAGCUAGUUAGAAAGUAUCUUUAUCUUCCUGUGGACAAGUACAGCCUCAGAAUUCUCACACAGAAGGAGGCAAUUGGCCUGUGGUUGUUUUUGGUUAGCCCCGGUGUUAAUUGCUUUUUUCCUCUGAGCUUUCAUCAUUAGCAUCAAGAUAUUGCUGCUUUAUAGCUCAUAGACAUUUGCAGAUGUCUUCUUUCCUCUGGCAGGUAAUACAAUGAGUUUUACACCAUUUGUGUAAAACAUGAUUUUUCUCUAAAUAGCUAGCACAUACAUCCUAUAACUUUUAGGACCCAAGUCUUCUCAUCUAAAAGUUUCUGAAGCUUUCCCAAUUUCUUAAGUAUAUAUUGGGAUUGAUUCAAUAUAUUCUUCAAAUCAUCAGCCUAGGAGAGAAGAGGUAGAUCUGCAAUGGUGGUGGUAAGUCUGGAGAGCAGGGUCUUCUUGCAGACAUAGACGGUCUGUAGGAGUAGACAUAUAAUAGAAGUGUGUCUUUAGAUGUAGACUUCUAGAGUUAAGUUCCCAGUUUAUACAGGCAGGCUGUCCAAAAAUACCUUACAAACGUUAGAGGUCAGAACAAGGUAAAAUUAAGAGGUGAGGUCUAGCAAGCUAUAGAAAGAGAAACAGAAGACAGAUAUCAAUGAUUCUCUUUUCCUGUUUCAUAUAGUGAAAUGAUCCAUUUGAUUCUGUAGCAUUGCAGUUGUUUUAGUCAAUCGUGUGUUUGUGUUCAACAUUCAGCUAUACUAGCAUAUUCCUAGUCCUAGCCCUUUCCAUACGCUAUAGUUAGGUUCUUAUACGAAUUAAAGGUCUAUGAAUGACAAUAUGUCAGUAACUAAGAGAAAAGUUACUUCUGUUUUAGUGCCAGAUAAGUUGGACAGUGUUGACUAGUGUUUAAAAUGAUGUCGGCAAGUGCCAAAAGCCGUGAGCUGUAUCUAAAGGGUUAUUGUCAUAUAGCAGUUUCGGGGAGUCCAGCUUACAUUAAAAUAACUUAUUCCUGUAUAAUACCUUUUCAACUAUAUGUUCAGAUAUUUACCAACACAUAAAGAUACUUUUACCAGAAUUUAAGGGGAACAUUAUUAUUUCCAUUCUGUGUUAAUUAUAUUUACAUUAAAUAUGUAAUACAUGUUCAGUUGGUAGUAUGGAAAUAAAGAUCUUUAAGUUUGGUUCAGUAAUCUCAUUUCCUAAUGUUUCUAAAAAGUAAGUUAGAUAGGUGAAAUGAUACCAAGUGCCACAGGAUAUGUAGUAAUAAGCAAAUUUAGCACAAGUGUCCUAAAGAGAGGGUGAAUAAACUAUUCUACUUCCAUAUGGCAGAUUGUUCCCAAGCUAAUAAAUUGACUGUCACAUUUUCAAAUUUAAUGAAUUAAUUCAGAAAACUAUACACUUAACUGUAUUUGUUUGCAUUGUUAUUGUUUGUAUUUUGAGUUUUAAAACAAAUGCACUGAAAUGUUUAUCUCAUGUUUGUCUCAUGUAAUAGGAUCAUGCAUGAGGUUUUUGAUGCCUCUGUUUACCAAAAUUUUUUUAAUUAUAUGAAUUACUUUCAAAAUGUUAGAAGCAAUAAAGUUACUUUGAAACUGC